AUGGCUCCUCGUUCAGUGAUCGCUUCCGAGCAAGCGCCAUCCAGCCCACUCUUUUCACAGGCCAUUGUCUGCAAUGGGAUGAUCUACGUUAGCGGAAAUAUUGGCUUUGACAACAACGCUGGGAAGCUCGUCCAAGGCAGCGUCGGUGACCGGACGCGGCAAGCCUUGACGAACAUGAGAGCCGUUCUCGAGGCAGGCGGCAGUUCGCUGCAGAACAUCGUCAAGUGCAACAUCUACCUCACAGACAUGGCAAACUACGCCGCGGUGAAUUCUGUCUAUCUGGAGAUGAUGCCAGAACCCAAGCCAGCAAGGACAUGCAUUGGUGUUAGAGAGCUACCGAUGAGAACCGAUGUUGAGAUUGAGUGCAUUGCUCACUUGUGA